CCAAACCAUUUAAAAACACACUCAAAUCACAUACAACGCUGUUUCUCCUCUAUUUCCAUUGAAACUUCUUUCUUUCUUCAGCAAAAAAUGGCUAUAUUAACUACAGCUUUUCUUGUCUUUCUUUUCAUUGUUGGCCUUUUUUCAACUCUUUUUAGAAUACCCACAAAGAAAGUUGCAACUUUAUCUCAAUUAUCCACUCAACAAGAUGUAGUCAACAAAAGUGAACAAGAAGAAAGCAAGAAAAAGAAGAUGGUGAUGAACAAGAAACCAAGGUUGGAAAGAAAAGAUGAACUAAAGAGUGUUUUUGCUACUUUUGACAAGAAUAAAGAUGGGUUUAUUACAAAACAAGAGUUAAGUGAUUCACUCAAGAAUAUUGGGAUUUCAACAAGUGAAAAAGAUGUGUUGGAAAUGGUUCAAAAAGUUGAUGUUAAUGGUGAUGGAUUGAUAGAUUUUGAUGAGUUUUGUGAGCUUUUUGAGUCCAUGAUGAGCCAAGAAGAUGAUAAUAAUAACAAGGGGAGUAAUAUUGGUGAUGGAAAUCUUGAUCAAGUAGAUGGUGAUUUAAAAGUGGCAUUUGAUGUAUUUGAUGGUGAUAAAAAUGGGCUUAUUAGUGUUGAGGAAUUGGGCUUAGUUUUGGAUUCAUUGGGCUUUAAAGAAGGGAAAAAGUUGGAAGAUUGUAAGAUGAUGAUAAGCAAAGUUGAUAUUGAUGGUGAUGGUAUGAUCAAUUUUCAUGAAUUCAAGAACAUGAUGAAGAAUGGUGUUAGUCUUAUUUCAGUUUCUUGAUCAUUAAUUUGCGUCAUGUUUCUCCAUCGAUUUAGGAAAAAUCUUUGAUUUUUUCGCGUUAAGGUCAUGCCGCGUUAUACUGGUGUAACAAACUAUUAAGUUUUAGGCAUUCGAAAAUAGGGAAAUGUAUAUAGUUGUAGCCUUUGACUUUUAAUUUUUGAUUCUCAUUUGUGUCUUUGGUGAUCUAAAUGUAAUGGUGGUACUAGUGUGUUUAUCAACUACGAUAGAAAGUAGUUUUUUUA